GGCGCCUUUGAAGGGGGGGUUGGUACUGGGGGCUCUGGAGAAGCCAGGUCAAGGCAGCUUCGAAUGAAGGCAGCUUCGAAUCAAUAUGCACUUCGAAUCAAUUUGCAAUACACGGCCAAGGCCUUUCUUGCCACAAAAUUGAGUAAACACCUCAAUGCUGUUGCAUUUCUGCUAUCCCAGCCGAAGGAAUCGCCUCGAUUCCUUCGCCUGGGGGCUGCCACUGUCCUGCACUCCCACAGCCCAGUCCAUGGAGCCGCGGCCUGUAUCUGUCGCUCCAGCUGGCUCGCCGCAAGCGCCUCCUACGGCUUUGAGUGGACUCUGUCACAUAUGAUGGCGCCACUAGGGUCUGGAGACGAUGGCUGGGACCGGCUACCGGUCGCUUCUACACAGUGUGUCGUGGAUCGCCUCGCUCUGAGCGGUUCCCCCAAAAGGAGGCUUGCAGACGGGAACAGGGGUACCACACAGCUGAGAUACGUGCUCCAUUCUGGAUGGAAGACUAUAGCAAGCUGCAGAAUGACAGAGUCAUCCAAGACGAUUCCAUGGCGGCGCGAUUCGCCUUGGUCCAUCCCCCGCGUCGCUUGA